AUGAGAGGAAACUUGAAACCAACCCGCACUGGACAAGGUGCUAGGUAGCUGACGCACCCGGUAAACGAAUCGAGGCGACGAAGGAACCAAUUACCAAUUGAAGUCUCAAUUUUCAAUCCUGAUGGUGACGAUCACCCAAGUCCCUUGUCACUUGAUUUGUCGAAACAUCGUAUGAGAGAACAGCAAACGAGCACGAUGCGGCGCUAUGGCUUUACCUAAUCUUAUCACUGUUCCCUGCCGUACUACUAGGUCAGACAAUUUUAUGCAAAAGUAGGGAAUGAGGUGGGAUGAGAUGGACACAAGUCCGUGGGGCACUUAGUAAAGGAUGAGAUGCUAUUAUCUAUCUAUCCAUAAUAGGUUCUGUUUCUGUUUCUAUUUACAGCCACAUCAAAGCACGUUUCGAAGCUUUCAACGGUUAUUUGGGGCAAUCGGCAAUAUAUGCCUAAUAAGUUGAGAUAUCUCUAGGGCUCCCUCUCUCCGCACCCUCGCACGUACUCACGCAUGGUACGCACGACCAACAAUAACAAACAUGGCCAACUGCGGUAGAGACAGAAAUUGCAAUAGAUCACACGAUCAAUUACGAAUUCGGGUAAAGUCCCUGGUGGUCGAGAAUUUAGAGUCGUCUUGCCCAGCCGACGGACGCUCGCCUAGCAAUUUGAAGUGUGUUUCUUGCAGCGCCGAGGGAAAGCUUAGCAGCAUCUAGCAGCAUCUUGACGAGUUGAUGGAACCUUGGAAUCUUUCGCUGACCAACCACAUCGAAAGACAUUUUCUUCCGCUAGGGCGGGGGUUUGAAGCUAGCCCUUCCCUCUUGCAGAACCUGCAGAAUCUUCCCUCGGCAGCUUCAGUUCCAAGGUUCGCCUUCGGUCACCACGGCUGCCAUCAUCCUGGUUCAUAACAUCUCGAACGAACUUCGGCCCGCAUGGUCCCCUGUCCUAACCCCUCGUACUCCCUCGUACCCCAGCGGCUUAUUUGCUACAUGAGGUACUUCUGACGUUCGGAAAAGAUUAGCUUCCCCAGUCUCUGACAGGGGUAAUCUACCGAAUCAUCUGGCCCAGGGGAGAAACGUGCUCGAUUUAAGACUUCUGAUUGGUUAAUCUUUCGUCGUUGAGAGAUCUCAAAGAUACACGAAAGUCAAAUGUUACUACGCAGUAGUUUCUGCGAACCGGAUACCUUUUUACGUCAAUGGAAAUAAUCCCGUCAUGAUUUGAGCUUCCGCAUUGAGAUUCUGCUCAAUCAAAUCGUCCUUUAAUGAGUAUUCGUAUGCUCUUUUGAGAUCAUCGACUGCUUGCUCAUGGGCUUCGUAACGGACAAGAACUUGGCCUCCCUUGGCUAUAACAUUGGCUACCCAAGUUUUUACGUAUAGAAACAAAACAUGUC